ACGGCCGCUCUGAAUUGGGUCUCGGACUCUCGGCGAGUGAGAGAGCGUGAGGAACAGGGAAAGAGAUGGGGGAAAGAAAAAUCAGACCUGGUUCUGGUUCCAGACCUUCUAGUUGGUCAUGGGCAGACGAGGUAGAAAAAGAAGAAGAAGAAGAAGCUCAACUUCAGCGCCUUCAGCAGCUGAAACCCAAUCCCUUUGGCUCUGCAAGGCCUAGAGAAGUUGUUCUAGAGGAGAAAGGAAUCGACUGGAGAAAGAUGGAUCGAAAACUACACGAACCUUCAAAUUUAAGGGAGAAUAUUGUUUUAAAGGAAAAUAUUCCAGGACCAACACUACCAGCGAAUAAAAAGCAGCAAUUUCCCCCAAGGAACAAGGCCCCCGAACAGAAUGUCACAAGAUAUGGUUGUGAUAGAAGCAGAGCAGCUCCAUUGUUGCCUCCAACUAUUCAGAAUCUUGGCACCUCUGUUCCACCUUUGAUGUAUCCACCUAAAAAUGUCACGGAACUGGUGGAGGGGAUGCAGCAGAAGCCUCACAACUCCGACAGAUUGGACAGUCACCAACGGUUCUUCCAAAAGCCUGAGAGGCAACAUGAACCCCACAUCCAGAGGCAGAGAGAGAACAAGACCCAUGAACAGGGGACGCAGUGGCCUUACAACAAGUCCAAUGGACUGAGACUUCUCAGUAGCCGAGGUCCUUCAUCCCAGAGAUAUCUCCAACAUCCCGACAAUGUGGAGGACUUAAUGGGUCAAUCAAUUGGGACAGCCCAUAAUAUGAGAACCAUGAAUAUAUCGUCAGCUCAUAGAGAAAUCAGAGAUUGGGAGAACAUGGAUUCUGGCUAUAAAAGAAAUAACUGUGGACACAGACUGAUGGGUCAUCCGGCAGCAAAUGACAUUAUCGCAAGGCCUUUCCCCAGUCAUGAUUGGAGAUCAUCUACUGAUGAGAGUGGUUGGGGAAACAUGAAAGAUGAAUACAGAAGAAUGGAAUAUGCUGAAGAGUUAAUGGACCCACCGCUAGCAGAGGACCGCUUCCCAGUGGUAAAUUGUGGUAGGAGAGGACCGCUUCUGAAAAAUGAGAGAGUGCGGAGAUUAGGUGCUGAUGAGAGCGGUUGGGGGAACAUGAAAGAUGAAUAUAGAAGAACGAAGUGUGUCAGGGACCAAGAGCAUUUUGAAGCUUUAGCUGAUGGAGUGGGGUGGAUGGACGAGUCCAAUUUGAACUUGGGCAGACCUGGUUUUGGAGGGCAUCGUAGAGGUAGAAGGGUAAGAUCUGCAAUGGAGGACGAGUGGGAGAAUAUGGAAGGCAACAGACAACCGAGAAUUGCCAGAGGGAAGUUUGUGGAUGGAGGGAGAGCAGGAGCCAGUCACAAUCUGACAGCAGAGAGUGUUAACAGGAAAUACAGGAAGAGAAGUAAUGGAAGCAAAAUAUAACCGAGAAUUGCCAGAGGGAAGUUUGUGGAUGGAGGGAGAGCAGGAGCCAGUCACAAUCUGACAGCAGAGAGUGUUAACAGGAAAUACAGGAAGAGAAGUAAUGGAAGCAAAAUAUAACUAACAGUCCAAGAAGAAUUUGUUCAUUUCUUCCCCUCUCGCUAUUUAUUUAUGUAGGAAACUAGCAAACAGGCUAAGCAGUGUUAUCUGUGUUAUCUUAUUUUACGGAAGAAGUAUCUUGAUGUGAUCUAUUUUUUCUGUUAAAGUAACUUUUAUUAAUGCAACUAAUUUUAAGGUUUCUAAGAA